AUGGCGACAACAUCCAAGCAGCGCCUCGCGCUGGCCAUCUGCGAUUUCCUCUCCACCUCGGCCGAAGAUGGCACCCUGAGCGCCGACGACAAGGACUCCAUCGAUGUAGCCAUCAACUGCAUUGCCGAGUCCUUCAAGGUUGACCCCACAUCCCAGGAUGCCGUCAAGGAAGCCAUCGGCUCGCAGAACCUGCUGAAGAUCUACGGCGUCUACGAGAAGCUACAGGGCGCCCCCAAGCCAUCCGCUUCCCCGAGUAUACCCACUGCCACUGGCUCGUCUACCGAUACGGGCAGCAAGGCGCCCACCGAGGACGAUAAGAAGAAGGCCGAGGAGCUGAAGGGCCAGGGCAACCGUGCCAUGGCCGCCAAGGACUACCCGAAGGCCAUUGAACACUACACCCAGGCCCUCGCUCUCCACCCCGGCAAUGCCAUCUUCCUGUCCAACCGUGCAGCAGCCUACUCUGCUGCCCGUGACCACGAAUCCGCACGCGCCGAUGCCGAGGCGGCUGUUCAGGUCGACCCCAAGUACACCAAGGCCUGGUCGAGGCUGGGUCUUGCCCGCUUUGCUCUCGGCGACGCCAAGGGCAGCAUGGAGGCCUACAAGUCGGGUAUCGAUCACGAGGGUAACGGUGGUUCUGAUGCCAUGAAGAAGGGCUACGAAACUGCCACGAAGCGCGUUGACGAGCUUGAGGCCGAAGAGACAUCCGGUGGCGCCGAUGCUGCCCGCGGAGGAGGUGGCGGCGGUCCCGACCUGGCCAGCUUGGCUAGCAUGCUUGGAGGAGGUGGCGGCGGCGGCGGUGCCGGAGGUGGCAUGCCCGACUUUGCCAGCAUCAUGAACAACCCCAUGUUCGCGCAAAUGGCCCAGAACCUCAUGUCCAACCCCGACAUGAUGCAGAACUUGAUGAGCAACCCCCGACUACGCGAAAUGGCCGAUCGAUUUGGCCAGGGAGGCGGUGGCAUGCCGGACAUGGGCUCGCUCAUGAGCGAUCCCAGCAUUGCCGAGAUGGCCCGUAACUUCAUGGGUGGUGCCGGAGGUGCCCCGGGCUCCCCGGGUGCUGGACGUGGAGGCAACUAG